GCGGCGGCGGCGGCGUGCUGUUGGAGGAGUCUGGCGGAGCUCGAGGCGGUGGCGCCAUGGAGUCACUGGAAGAAAAUGGAAGUGUCCAAGUUGGAGAAUUGUUACCUUGCAAGAUUUGUGGAAGAACAUUCUUUCCAGUGGCAUUAAAAAAACAUGGACCUAUUUGCCAGAAAACGGCCACUAAAAAACGGAAGACUUUUGAUUCAAGCAGACAAAGAGCUGAAGGAACUGAUAUUCCAACAGUAAAGCCUCUUAAACCUAGGCCUGAACCACCAAAGAAGCCAUCUAAUUGGAGGAGAAAGCAUGAAGAGUUCAUAGCCACCAUAAGAGCAGCUAAAGGCCUUGGUCAGGCCCUUAAAGAGGGUGGCAAACUUCCUCCCCCUCCUCCACCUUCUUAUGAUCCUGAUUAUAUUCAGUGUCCAUAUUGCCAGAGGAGAUUUAAUGAAAAUGCAGCUGAUAGACAUAUAAAUUUCUGUAAAGAACAGGCAGCACGUAUUAGUAAUAAAGGCAAAUUUUCUACUGAUACCAAAGGAAAAUCGACUUCUCGGACACAGUAUAAGCCUCCUGCACUUAAAAAGUCCAGUUCUCCUGGAGCCACCUCAUCAGGAUCUUCACGAUUACCACAGCCAAGUGGCACUAACAAAACUGUUGUAGGUGUUCCUUCAGGUAAAGUGUCUUCAGUUAGCAGCUCUUUGGGAAACAAACUUCAGACUUUGUCUCCCUCCCAUAAAGGGAUAGCAGUCCCUCAUGUAGGUAAGAUGGACAAGUUAGGCCCUCCACUUCGAACUGGAAGACAUGUGCAAAGGUUGCAUGACAGUGAUACAAAAUCAGACAGUGCCAUCAAAAGACAUGAGUUAUUACCCAUUUACAAAGCUAACGUCAAACCUCGAAAUUCCACACCACCUAGUUUGGCUAGAAAUCCUGCCUCAAGUAUGCUUGCAAGCAAAAGAAAAACAUAUACUGAGAGCUACAUGGCCAGGCCAGAUGGAGACUAUGUCUCUUCACUUAAUGGUGGAAACAUUAAAGGCAUUGAAGGAAAUUCAGUGGGACACUUACCAAAAUUCUGCCAUGAGUGUGGGACUAAAUACCCUGUAGAAUGGGCAAAGUUCUGCUGUGAAUGUGGUGUUCGAAGAAUGAUUCUGUGAACAGAAUCCAGAAAGAAAAAGAGCUAAGUCCAGAAUUUUAUGACUGUUGCUGCUUGGACAUCUAGAGCACUUCCUUUAGUGAUUUUUGUGCUAAAAUCAUUCAUAUUACUUUUUUCAACAGUUUUUGGAGCAUAAUCCUUUGGCUGUGUAGUGUGUGUGUGUAUAUAUGUGUGUGUACAUAUACUGUAUAUAAUAAAUACCUGACAACCUAAACUGUGCCAUACAAGGAGAUAUUCACUUAUCAGUCAGAAAAUACUUUCAAGUGGAAUCAUUAACUUAGGUAUUACUUUUCUGUUGGUAAAGCACAUUAAGCAUACCUCCACAAACUCUCAAACACUAGUGCUUAGCCCUUUAAGCUUUAGGAUGAUCAUUACUUUGAGCAAAAAAUCAGAAUAAACAUUUUUAUUAUUGGUGCCUAUUUUCAGAUAGUAUCAUUUAAGGAUGGGAUGCUUGGAAUUUUGGAACUGAAGAGAAUAUUUUUAGUUAUACUUAGUUAUGUGAGGUCGUUCUUCUGUAGAGCUCUUUAAUAAUUUUAUAAAUAUUUUUUAGAAAGAGAGGAGAAAAAACCCCCUGUGGUCUCUGUUGUCCUUUACUCGGUGUAUUAUUGAUUAUAUAAUUUAGAGAUCUUUACUCAAUUCUUUAAUUAUGCAAUGUUUUUUUCAGAGAUACAAGGCUGAAAAUACAGAUGUAUCUUAUUCUAGUUAUAGCUGAAUGAUUUUUUAACUCAUUGUGUAUUGAACAUAUAUUCUUUCUACUGCUAAUUGUCUUCAAAUUUCACUUUUUUCCUUUCUUUUCCAUAAACUCAUGUCUGAACAGUAAUUUUAAUUUGCUACUUCAGUUUUGCAAAGUUUGCAUAUUAAUUAAUAGAAGAUGCAAAAAAUUCCUUGCAACAUCUUGCAUUUAUAUCUAUGUACUUGAUUUAGAAGAAAUCAUAUUAAUGGAUUUUAAAACAAACCAUCUCACCUAAUAGACAGUAACUUCAGCAAUUAAUCAUUAGUGCAGGGCAUGCAGGUUUAAAGGGAUUUGAAUUGUAGUCACUUGAAGUAUAGUUAUAUGUAGUUAUGGGUAGGUUAAGAGAACAUCUAAUUUUUCCUACUCAUAUUUCCUUGCUAGUGUUUAGCACUGAAUCACCAUUCACAUCACAAUAAAAAGCCACUGAAAAUGCAUUGCUUUAAUGGAUAGCUGAUUUAUUAUGUAAUUAAACAUUCACAAAAAUGUAAUUAUACUUCCUCUUUAACUUUGACUAAAAUACCACUUUUAAUCAUUGUCACUUUCAGUGUAACAUAGUAUUUAGUCGUAGACAUCUUUGAUUGCUUGUGCGGCCAUAUUCAGUAAUUCAGUAGUAGUUUUUGUCGAAUCAAACCUAACAGAGCCUUGAUCUUAUUAUAAAGGUACAAGCAGAUCUUUUAUAGGUAGUUUCUAACUUCUUAUUUAUGAUUCUGAUCAAUUGUAAGGAUCAGUGUAGAAAUUUGUGGCUUAUAACUUUCUCUGAAAUUUAUUUAUACAUAU